AUGAUUCCUCCCCUGCUUUUGAAUUCCCUUCUUUCGCGGAAGGCGAUUAUCCUUCAACACAGUCUCCCCUGCAAAAAGAAACGACGCCUCGCCGCAGUCGAUUCGGAUCCAGUCCUUCUUGCUCUCUGCAGCUGUGCGCGGAUUCUUGUGCACUCUUCGCCUGUCUGCGCCGCUGAAACAAGAAUGACGGCGACGCUCGACAAGAAAAUCGCCUUUAUAGGGGCGGGCGUGAUGGCCUUUGCACUUGCGAAGGGAUUCGUCGAUUCGGAGAGAGUGAAGAAAGAGCAGGUGUACAUGCUGGUCCGAAACGAGACGAAACGCUCUCUCGUCGAAGAUUUGGGCUACAAAUCUUUCCAAAACAUUGCCGGACUGGCGGACGUCGACAUCGUCGUGAUUUCGGUGAAGCCGCAAGAUGCCGUUCAAGUGCUGUGCGACAUUCGCAUGGUCGUGGACAAGGAGAAACAUCUUUUGAUUUCGAUCUGCGCUGGGCUGAGUCUCGACACUCUGGCUAGGGCGUUGGAUCCGAGCGCGCUGAAUCGCCGCAUUUGUCGAGUGAUGCCCAACACACCAUCCCAGGUCGCGCGCGGCGUCAGCGUCUUUGCGCUGGGAGAAGGCUGCACAGACGAAGACCGAGUUACAGUGGAGUCGUUGAUGACUGCGGUCGGAAGUUGCUACAGAGUCCAAGAAAAACAUAUCGCAGCUGCAGGCGCCAUCAGUGGAUCUGGACCGGCAUUCAUUUUCACUCUCCUGGAGGCCUUGUCGGACGCGGGAGUUAAAAACGGCUUGCCUCGGAAGCUGGCGCAGGACUUGGCGCUGGACAUGGUAGAGGGAAGCGCUGCACUUGCUCGCGUGGAGUUCGGCAGACGACAUUUCGCGGAGUUGAAGGACCAAGUGACUUCUCCGGGAGGCACGACGAUUGCAGGCAUUGCAGCUCUGGAACGCUGGGGAUUUCGGAAUGCCAUUAUUCAGGCGAUCGAUGCAACUACUGAUCGUGCGAAAGAUUUGGAUUGCUGA